AUGCUAUUUUAUCGUGGCCCACAAUACCAUCAGUCGACAUCUUUGAAAAACAGUACAAUUCUUCACCCUUGGUUGACAGUGGAUGACGAGUUAUGGCAAUCAACCGAUCGACUUUGGCGGGAUAAAAUGAAACUGCACCUUCAGUUGGCAAAUACUUAUUUGGACAUUGAACAAUACGAUUAUGAUUUUGCCGAAAAGAAGAAUCUAUCUAGUCUUUGUUGGAAACGUGCUAUCUAUUCAUUGGUUGAACAAUUACGUCAAGCUUUUCGUCGACAUCAUCUACUCGUUGCUACUCUUGAUUCGGACAAAGAUGAAUUGGAUGAUAUUAUCAACUUGCGAAUCGACAUGAAUGAUGGUGAUGCAUCUAUCCCUGUGAUGACUGAAAAUGGAAUGACCAUGAUCCCUCUUUCUGAUGACGAUGAUGAUGAUGAUGGUGAUGAUGGUGAUGGGACUGAGAAUCGACACGUAGACAAAUUGGAACUUCAAACAAUUCUCGACAAACACCUACACAUGCUUAGAAUUUGGAUGAAUACAUUUAUAUCUGAUGCAGAUGGAUUUUAUCAACAUGCAAUGGUGGUGAUACUCCGUGAUGAUGAUCAUCUUGAUGACAAUGACAAAAUGUUGAAGGUAUUGGAUGAUAGUUUACUUAGCUGGUGGCGUAGUCGACGAUGGAAAUGGACCAAAUAUAUCCCUUACCGUGGUGAUCUUGCACGCUAUCGAUUUAUCUAUGGUCAACAAACGACUGAUUAUGAACUUGCUUGGUGUUGGUACUCUCUUGGUGCAUGGAUGAUUCCUGCCACAGGUCGAUUUUACUUUCAUCUGUCGUUACUGUUGAAUGCUCCUCAAUAUUCACCUCUUCAUGAACUUCACAAACUCUACUUUGGAACACGUAGUCUGAUGGUACGCCGCAAUGGAUUUCUCAAUGCUCGUGAAGGUUUGAUUACUCUUUUUGAAAACAAUCGACAAUGGCAAGCCAAGGUAUCUCCAAAACAACAACAACAACAACAACAACAACGAUCCAAACGACGACAAUAUAGAAAACGUAAAGGUUCAGAGGUUAACUUGGUCAGUUCGGACAAAUUGGUGACUGGAUUAUUCAUACGACUUCAUGGCAUGCUGUUUACUAGGAUUGAUCUGGAUUCAUUUAUGUACACUAAAAGACGGUAUUUCGAAACAUUAUUUCCUAUGGAUGAUGAUACCUCUCCCACAACAACGACAACAGCGACACCAUUGAGCGUGGAUACAACUUUAUCAGGUCAACAUAUGUUUUGGUUGGAAACGAUUUUGAUGAAUUUAUCGGCAUUGUACAAUUACGAUUAUGCAUCUUCCACUCUUGCCAAAGCGGUAACAUUGAAUAAAAUGCGGUGCAUGGGAUGUGAUCUGAUCAAGCCUCAACAAGAAGAACUGGAUGAAUUUUUGGAUACGUUGAAUGAUAGUCUCUUGUUCGAAAAAAACGUCGAUGUUGUGAAUGAUGAACAAGCACCAUGGCUUAUUUAUAUCCAAGUACUCUUACAAUGGUUGGCAGUGACUGGCAUUGGUAUUCGACCUACUACUUGUGGUGAUGGUAAUAAAGAUGGUUUGAAAAGUAUGUGGGAAACAGUGGUAGGCAAUGUGAUGGAUCAUCCCUAUGACAACAAGAAGAACAGCAAAGAUCAAAUCAAAAUGACUGGUAGCUUUUGGCGAUUAUUGAUGAGCUUUCUUACACAAACACUCCAUGGAUUACCUGACAACCUUAGAUAUCAAGUGAUCAAUCGACAUUUAUUGGAUCAAGACAAUCAAUGGGCAACAGAUGAACAACAUGGUUGGACUCCAAAAAUAUGGGAUGCCUUGAUGAUGAGAUUGAUGGGUCCUCAUCCUUACUUACCAGAAGAAGAAUAUUUACGUGGCCUGGGCUGGUUAGAUGAUCUAUUUUUGGACAAAUCAAGAAUACGGAUGGAAGAGAUAUCUGCUCUAGGAGAAGAUGUGAAUGAACAAAAUUUGGAUCUAUCCAUUGAUACACAAAGACGGAUCAAAAUAUUGGAUUAUGGUUUUAUUCUUGUUCAGCAAAUGAAUGAAACUUUAGAAUAUGAUCCUGUACAUGAACAAUUUUUGGUAAAAGAAGUAUUGGAAGAAUCAUGUUCGGAACAAGACACAAUAACCCCGAUGUUACCUAUUCUUACGGCAAUGGAUGAUGCUGUAUUGUUUGACACUCUUCUGACAAGUGGCAAUGAUGAAGAACAAGAAGAUACCCAGGAACAAGAGCCUUAUGCGGAUCUAAUCAAUGAUGACGACAAUGAGGAAGAGGAUGAUAUGAUGGGACAAUUGAAGAAACGACGGGAACAUUUACAAUCGAUGUUGGCAACCAUGACAGAAGAAAAGAAACAUGCAGAUAGAUAUGGAUAUCAAAAACUAUCGGUUCGACGCGGCAAGGAACGUGAAGCAAGAUUAGAUCGACUUCGAGAAAAAGUGGUACCUGGACAAACAGUAUUGGUAUUGGAUACAAAUUGCUUUAUUGGUCAUAUGGAUACUAUUCGAAAAUUGAUUCAAGGUGGUAUUUGGUCUAUUGUGAUUCCACUUGUUGUGAUUACGGAAUUGGAUGGAUUGAAAGGAAAUGCACCACCCUUAGGAACAAUAGCAGCCGAAGCAUUAACAUUGAUUGAAACCACGUUGGUGUCGAAUAAACAAAAAGGGGUACGACCUGAUGCACUCCGGAUCCAAACAUCUCAUCAUAACUUUAUGCAUGAUAUCUCGAUUCGAUCUGAACAAUUUGUAUUUGGUGAAACUGAUAAGAAUUUGGAUGAUUUGAUUUUAUCCACUUGUCUUUGGUGGAUCAAAAAACAACAACAACAACAACAAAUCGGUGUACCUGUAUGUUUAGUAACGGCGGAUCGCAAUCUUAGUGUCAAAGCAAGAGCUCGUGAUGUACAAGUGAUACCUGUAUCUGGUUUAAUGGAAUUAGAUCCUUCUCGAUCUUGA